AUGCAAAAUUUAUUAAUUUAUUUAAACAUUUUAUUUAUUUUUUUAUUUAUAAAAAAGAAUAAUUCUUUUAAUGAAAAUGAGGAAAAAUAUGAUGAAAUAAAAUUAGAAAAUGUUAAAAUGAAAGUUCGUGAAUGGCAAAGUGGGAAACAAUUGGGGAAUUUCACAAUUCCUUCAGAAAAAAAUGAAAAAUAUUCGAAAGGAAUUAGAUUAGAAGAAAAACUUGCAAUUAAUUUACAAUUUAAUAUUAUUGACAAAAAUACUAAAAAAUUAAUUGACGGAAUUCAACAAAAAUUUUUACGUUUAUGGCAUUCAAAAACAGAAGAACAUGAAGUAUUUUUUAUUGGAAAAAGAGCAACAACAAAUAAUGGAGGAGGGAAAUAUUUUAUUGAAAUUGCAAUGCCUAAAGACACACAAAAAUUUGGUGGUCGUCCAGGACGUUAUCAUUGUGAAUUGAUUAUUGGGGAUAUUAGAAUUAAAAAUCCCUUUCGUUGGCAUUUAAUUGAUGUUUUUGUUGACAUUCCAAAGGUUGGGAAUUUUUUUAAAUUGUCUCAAAUAGAGUACUCGAUAGAAAUACAAUAA